AUGUCUCCACUGCUGCCCACGAACACGGCGGCAUGGUUUGCCCUUCUGGAGAGACAAUUCGAGGCAGCGCGAAUUACGGAAGACACCAUUAAGUACGUGACGCUGGCAAAAUGCCUCAACGAUCAACAGCUCCAGGACGUCGAAGACCUAAUGACGAACCCUCCAGACAUCGGACGCUACGAGAAAUUAAAACAUGCGCUCAUUCGCAAAUUAUCCGAUACGGACGCGACCCGGAUAAAGAAGUUGGUGGAAAGCGAGGAGAUGGGAGAUGGAAAGCCAUCCCAGUUUUACCAACACUUAAAAAAACUCUCCAGCCCCUCCACGCCCGAUGAUUUUACCCUCACGCUGUGGAGGAACCGAUUACCCGCCCGCAUCAGGCGUAUCCUCGCGGCAGUCGACGAUUCGGACCCAGAAAGGUUAUUGCGGCAGGCGGACCUGAUCGCUGAAGAAUUCUCGGAGGAUUUUCGGCGCACCGCCCGGGUAACGGCAGUAAUGGACCCACCAGCGCACAGAUGA